AUGAGAAUGGGCAGCGCAGGGUCCUCAGGCAGGGAGGAGCGGCUGCCAUCGGGUGCGGAGGAGCAGCUGAGCGGUGGGGAUCAGACACUGGAGCUGACCGGGCGGCACCUGAAGCGGCUGCCAGGCCCAGUGUGUGCCCUGGGCAGCCUGCAGAAGCUCUACAUCAGUGGCACUGGGUUGCGGGAGCUGCCCGAGGAGAUCGAGGGACUGCGGGAGCUGCGCAUCCUGGCACUGGACUUCAACAAGCUGGAGGAGGUGCCCGAGGCACUAUGCCGCCUGCCCCGUCUCACCCGCCUCUACCUGGGCAGCAACCGCCUCUUUGGCCUCCCUGCAGAAUUUGCCCAGCUCCAGACUCUGCGCUGCUUGUGGAUUGAGAACAACUACCUGUACCAUUUUCCUCGGGCCUUGCUCCAGAUGCCUGCACUGCAGUCCUUGCAGAUGGGUGACAAUCGACUCCGAGCACUGCCGGGCAGCCUGCCGCGUAUGACUGGCCUCCGGGGACUCUGGCUUUAUGGGAAUCGCUUUGAGGAGUUCCCACAGCCCCUGCUCCGCAUGUCCCAGCUCCAUAUCCUUGACCUGGACCGCAACAAGAUCAUCGACUUCCCAGACCUGGCCCACCUGAAAGGGUUACGGCUCUUUUCCUAUGACCAUAAUCCAGUUAAAGCACCACCCUGUGUGGCUGACACUGUCACCCUUGUGGGCGAUGGGGCCCAGGAGCUGAUGGAGGCCAGGGAGGAACGUCUCCAGAGCCUGCGGGAGCAGGAGGAGCAGGAUGAACAGGAGGAGAAUGGCUCAGAAGCCAUGCAGGGCACCCUGAGGAACGACUCCUCCCUGCUAGAGGAUGCUGAAGGCAGUUUCUCUGCCCUGGAAUGCUCCCCAGAAGAAACAUGA